GUCAUCCUGGCUUGGAGCCUCCACACCGCCAGGACAUCCCUCGGUGCUGGACUGGGAGGCAGCAGAGAGGGUCAGAUGGAGCCUUUCAGCCCUUUCCAGGGUUGCCCAAUUCGGGAUUUCUGCUGCUGCAGCCCCAGGAACGUGAUGGUGAUAUCACCGUCAGGCUUUACGCAAUGGGGUCAGGGCUGGGGCCAUGGCCUGGGGCAAAGGGAUCCCAUCCCCAUGGGCUGCAGGAAGGCUGGGGAGCUGGUGGAUUGAUAUCCAGGGCAUCCCAUGCCUUCCGGUGGUGGGAUACCUGUCCUGGAUACCUGUCCGCCAGCACCUCAGCGCUCCUGCAACGUGGAUGGCACAGAUCCACGAUGCUCUAUACCCAUCCCUGGGGCAGCCAAACCAGUGAACAGCCCCUUCCUUACGAGUCUGUGCACGUCCAUCCCAUCAAAUUCUCCCUCCCAAAAAUUUUAGGGAUGUCUGGAGCCGAUUUCCGGGCUGGAACACGCUGGGUUGAGAAGGAAGUAUGACGGCCCGCAGGGAGGAGGAAGGCAGCCGGAGCUGGAGUUUCCAGGGCUGGCUCGGUGCCCUGGCACUGCUGGGUGCCCUGGCGCUGUGCCGCAGCCUGCGCCGCCCCGGCAGCCUCUCGCACCACUCGCACGUCCACUGCUACAGCACGGGUGAGCUGCGGGACGGCGAGACCCCCGCGCACUUUCUUGGCCGUAGCCUGCGCUGGGACCACUAUGUGCCGGUGCAACUGGUGCCACAGCUGGAGCGCUUGCAGGAAGCCACCGCCAGCCAUCGCCGACACCGCCGACACCGCGAGCGCACCUGUCCUGCGCUGCAGCUCCGCACCGGCCUCCACAGCGAGGCCAACGAGCGCUCCAUCUCCCCGUGGCGCUACCGCAUCGAUGAAGAUGAGAACCGCUACCCACGCAAGCUGGCCUUCGCCGAGUGCCUCUGCAGCGGCUGCGUGGACGUCAAGACAGGCCGGGAGACGACGUCACUCAACUCGGUGGCCAUCCACCAGACCAUGAUGGUCCUGCGGCGCAAGCCCUGCCCGCGCCCCGCCAGCCCUGGUCUCGUCACCUUCGAGGUGGACUACAUCAGGGUGCCGGUGGGCUGCACCUGCGUCCUGCCCCGCGUCAGCCGCUGAGCCCUCCCUGCUCCCAUGGAGCGCCGUAGCGUGACUGUGUCACCGCAUCCACCCCCUGACCCGUGCUUGUUUUAGAGCACUCACCCAGCACCGGGUGUCCCCCCCCUAAACCCUCACCUUCUUAUUUAUGAGUUAUUUAUGAGCCUUGUUGCUGGGGGACUUUUUUUAACCCCUAUUUAUUGCUGACUCCACCCCGCCAAGGCUGUGACUCCGGGUCCAGCAUCACCUCACGGUGCCUGAGGCCCCAUGGAUGGACCUUGCGAGCGCUGCGCAGGGGCUCGCUGAUUAUUUAUUCCCCCCCAGAGCUAUUUAUUGUCUCUUCUAUAUGCGCUAUUUAAUGCUGGCAGCGUGCAGCUUGCAAAUAAAAGCUGACCCCACCGGCAUGGUCCUUGCUUUGUUCCCUGCCAGCGUGGUGAGGAUACGGGCGCAGCGGGCAAAGGAGUGGGGAGGGAUGCACAUCCAUGGAUGUCCAGUGGGGCAAUGCUCGACUGAGGGGGUAUCUCUCCAUCCCCGUGCAGUGGGCAAAGCACCAGUACACACCCAGUGUGGCAGGGCAGGACAAACUGGGAAGCGAUGGAGAAGUUAUCAGGGCAGGGGGAUGCUCCACACCUCCAGCCCCAGGGGCACCAGCCCCAAACACUCGCAGCACCCACCACCCACACUUUUCCCAUGGCUCUGUCCCCCCCGGGCACCCACGUCCCAUGGGCUCAGCGCCACCUGCUGGGGUCACCCCACCUGCCCUGCCAGCACCCAGGGGUGCCCCGGGGUGGCUGCACCCCUCACCAAACCAGGGUUCACAUGGGAAGCAAAUGCUGAUGCCUCAGUGGGGUCGAGGAUUUGUCACCACCACACAGCACAUGGAUGUGGCUGUCCCCUGUCCUCCCUGUGUCACACCCAGGGACCGUGGAGCCCCCCUUCCCAGGGGAAUCAUAGAAUCACCAGGUUGGAAAAGCUCUCUUGGAUCAUCGAGUCCAACCAUUCUUAUCUGCCACUAAACCAUCUCCCUGAGCACCUCGUCUACUCGUCUUUUAAAUCCCUCCAGGGAUGGCUUUGGGGGCUCCUCUGGGGCACGUUGUGCAAGGUGGGUGCAGGUCCAGCCCUGGGGACCACAUGCCACGGUGUACAUCCCCCCCAUCUUC